AGGAGGCCCGUUCCCCGCCGCUGUUUCUCUCCCAGGCGGCAGCCCCCUCCCUCCGACCGGCGCCAUGGCGAUGCAAGCGGCCAAGCGAGCCAACAUCCGGCUGCCUCCAGAAGUCAAUCGGAUCCUGUAUAUUAGGAACCUGCCAUAUAAAAUCACAGCCGAGGAAAUGUAUGAUAUUUUUGGGAAAUAUGGGCCUAUUCGACAAAUCAGAGUUGGAAACACUCCUGAAACCAGAGGAACAGCCUACGUGGUCUAUGAAGACAUCUUUGAUGCCAAAAACGCUUGUGAUCACCUGUCGGGAUUCAACGUGUGCAACAGAUACCUUGUCGUUUUGUACUAUAAUGCCAACCGCGCAUUCCAAAAGAUGGACACAAAGAAGAAAGAGGAACAGCUUAAGCUUCUCAAGGAAAAAUACGGAAUUAAUACAGACCCACCAAAAUAAACUCAUCUUUUUGGACUGUUUUCAAGCCCUGCCGUUGAGUUCUUGAACUAAACAUAGGAAUUCUCAGUGAAGUAUAACUUUUUUUUUUUUAAAUUUGGUAAGCUGUAAUUUGAAUCUUUAGAUCUUCACAUUAGAAUUAAAUAAAUGUAAGACAUCGGGAGAUGUGCUUUAAGAUUAAAUCCCCCUAAAUGGACAUAGCUUCUCUGUGUUGUAAGGGUGACCUGGUAAAUGCCGCAUAACCACAGUCCUGUUUCUAGCAGGACCUUUCAAGAUGGGACCGAGCGGGUUGAGUGUUUCACGCCUCCCGAAGUUCUGCCCAGUCUCCAGGGCAGAUUUUAAGCGUGGCAGCCAGUCAAUCCGGAGAGCGCAAGGGGCUCUGUAUGAGCUGCCUGCAUGGAGGUACAUCUCACUUGCCACUUUCUGAAAAUGGAGUAUUGCAACUAGUCUCCCUGCCACAGGGAUUUUGGUGCUUUUUUGAAAAAAGAAAUAAGCAUGGUUUGAUACUUCAUCACACCUGUAUAUUGUACGCAAAUUAUUGCCCCUUUCUCCCUCCGGGAACGUUUGAAGGAGCCUAACUCCAUUACAUGAUCAUUAGGCUGCUGCUUACUAGAAACAAAGCAAGCCCGAAUCCAUGUUUAUAACAAAGCUUCUUUUGCAAACCGUAGAAAAUGAAUGGCCUUUUAAAAGAAUCCAACUGCUCAGGUGAAUUCAGUCAAGAUAUCUUGUUCCCAGUGACUGAGACAAAACUGCUAAGCUGCAGUAAAACAAUCUUGCUCUAAUAGUGCGUUGCUGCAGGGCUGACCUAAUGGUAUACGAGAUCUUUAUGGUGUGUACCAGGUUUGCACUGGGGUUAGUAGGAGCGACAGGAAUACACUUCAUGCUUUUUCAUGUUAAGUAGAGAACACCCGACCAAAAGGAGACAGUAGAUGAUGGUGGUAAUUUUAGAUACCUGUAGUGCGAUUGCUUUCUACUCGGUGUGUUUGAACUGUAGUACAUUUUAUGGACAUAAAUUUUAGAUGUAGUAUCUGGUGGAGGAAAAACGUUUAAAUUUUUUGGCACUUUUUUUUUCAGCGCUCAUGUCCUGUGAAUAAAAAUGAGUGUGAUACACUGGUUAUGCACACUCUGUAUUUUGGAGGUGGAAAAGAAUAACAUCUACCUCUGUUCUGAACCAGCUGGAAGUCGUGUGAACGUUGGUAGUAUCCUGCCUCGGGAGGAUUUAUUUGCUUGGAUGUGAUGUUUAGCUCCCUGACCAGACAACUUCCAGCCAGUGCAGAACGUGGGCAGAUGCAAACAUACUUUGCCUGAGGAUUUGUAAUUUAAGUUAAAUUUUUUUUCAGUGCAUUAUACUGUCAUAAAGGAAUGUUUCCAUUUUCUUAUCCUUAGAUUUUCGUUGCAAUCUGUCACUUAAAGAACCAUGCUCUUCUUCUGUCCAUUUAGUAAAAAAAUAAACGUGUGUCUACAUAG